AUGCGCUUAGCUGGGCUUCUUCUUGCAGUGCUGGGUGGAACGCCCGUGCUUUGCAAGCCGUACGAAGCUUUUGGUGCCUCAAGCCAAUAUCCUCCUGUUGCUUCUGCAGGCAAUCAAUUCUCGUUUCAACUGUCCAACGACACUUUCAAGUCCACCGUCGACGAUAGUGUCCAGAUUCAAUAUGAAGCUUUCGAACUACCAACGUGGCUCCAGUUCGACUCACAAUCGCGAAUCCUUUCAGGAACGCCUUCGGAAUCCGAUGUGGGUAAUAGCUCCCAAAAUACGCAAGUCUCUUACGUAUUACAAGGAACUGAUCCUACCGACCAAUCUGCCCUCAACAAAACGUACCAGCUAGCGCUAACCAGCGAAAACCAGCCAACAGUCUCGUCAAGUUUCAAUCUGCUCAGUUUGCUGAAAAAUAGCGGGUACACUAAUGGGAGGAAUGCGCUAAAACUUGCACCUGGUCAGAUUUUCAAUAUCACUUUCGAUAGAGAUACGUUCGAGAACUCAGAUGCGGCUACAAAGUUUUACGGUCGAUCAGCCAUGUACCACGCACCACUGCCUCCCUGGAUGUUUUUCGACGAUGCGAAUUUGAAGUUCAGCGGGACUGCCCCUGUAGUCAAUUCUGAGAUAGCUCCUGAAUUCUCAUACUCCUUCUCUCUACUGGCGUCAGAUGUCAGCGACUUCGCUUCGGCAGAGGUUCAGUUUGAUAUUGUGGUGGGUGGUCACCAGUUCACAACCUCUAUCCAGAACACUUUAGCUGUUAACGUAUCGUCCUCCGGAUCUUUUGACUAUCCUUUACCUAUGAGCUAUGUUUACCUCGAUAACAAGCCCGUUUCUUCAGCAAACAUUAGCUCAACUACGCUGCUGGGCAGUAAUGACUGGGCGUCUGUCUCAAAUGAAACCUUAUCAGGUACUUUACCGAAAGAAAAGAAUAGCCAAAAUUUGACUGUUGCCAUAUAUGACACCUAUGGCGAUUCCAUUUACUUGAACUUUCUAGUGGAGUCUACUCACCAGUUAUUUGCAGUAUCAUCGCUACCGAAUGCCAAUGCAACACAGGGCGAAUGGUUCCAAACCCAGCUUCUGCCUUCACAAUUUACGGACUACAACAACACAGACGUAUCUUUGAACUUUGCGAACACUUCGCAGUCAACAUCUUGGCUCUCCUAUCACGAUAGUAAUAUGACGCUUUCAGGUGAAGUGCCAAAUGAUUUCAGCGGGUUGACCGUCGAGGUGGUCGCCAAGCAGGAUGAACAAUCACAGAAGUUAUCAUUCAAGCUAGGAGCAGUCCAGGCUAAACACAGUUCAUCGUCCUCGUCUCGCAGCUCGUCUUCGCAAUCUUCAGCGACUGCAACUCCAUCUGCCACAUCCAAUGCAGCACAAUCGACUCCCACCUCCUCCAACACUGCGACGCCUUCAAAUUCGCCUGGUCUAUCCUCCAAAUCGAACUCGAAGAAUAACCGCACUGUGGCAAUUGCUUGUGGUGUGGCAAUUCCUCUGGCUGUCAUUCUCGUAUUACUUAUUUUGUUCCUUCUUUUCUGGAGACGGAGAAACAACAGAUCUGCUUCGGCAGCCGACGCAGAAAAAUCUCCACAGAUCAGCAAUCCAAAACUAGGAAAUCCAGCGAAUGGCCCUGCAUUUUACGGCGGACCAUCGCCAUUCGAUGAUGGAGAUUCAAUCGAUGACACUUCCUCGGCAAAAAGACUAGCCGCUUUAAAUGCUAUCAAUUUGGAUGAACAGGCGAGCUCUGGGUCCGACGCUUCCACUCUGGAUGAAAAAGGUGCAUCUAGCACAACUAAUUCAUCUGCAGCUGAUCUGUACCACGAUGCCAUGCAGGUGGGAAGCACAGAUGCACUCCUAGGUGCCGAGGAGGACGACCAGCACUUCGACUCCAACAAACAUUCGUCUUCUGUUUACCUCAACAGCGAGCCUACGAACCGUAAGUCUUGGAGAUUUUCUACGAGGACAGUGGAACCGCAACAUAAUAUCAGAGAAAGCUACAAUUCUUUGAACACAGUGAGCACAUCGGAACUGCUUAAUACACAUAUUGCAAGUGAUCAAACGCUGCCGAAAGACCCAAGGAAGUCAUCUUUGGGUCUACGAGACUCUGUAUUUUUCGGAACGGUAGGAACGACGGCGGACAAGAAAACUGUCAUGCAUUCAACCAGUCCACAAAAAUCGACCAAUGCGUUAAAACCCCACCUGUCGGGAGACCGUAUGCUGCCCAAUUUGGUAGAAUCUCCUGAUGACCAUAACUCUUCAGCUUCCCAAAUGACGAGUAGCAGCUCAGAUGAUAUAAUACCCAUCAAACAAGGUGAUAACUACAGGUGGGUUGAGCGCGAUGAACCAGGAGCCGAGCCUCCGCAGAGAAAAAGAAGUGUCAAGAGACUGGUCAACCUACCCAACAAGAGCGGUGUGAACGUCUGGGACGCUAACGACAUCCAAGGACAUGUUCCAGAAAUGGAUAUGUCGAUGGAGUCGAACAUUUAA